CUCUGUUUUAAGUUUAAACCUUUAGCUAAGAGCAAUGAGUGAAGCAAGAAAAAGGCUUUCCUCUGAUCAUAUUACAACUGAUAAGCGAUUAAAGGGCAUCCAGGAUAAAAUUGCCCAGAUACAAGCAAACAUUAUGGAGCAUAAAAAGAAGUUAACAAAUUCUACUGGCUGUGACCCGCCUCUUAAUAAAACCACGCCCGGUGUAGACAUUACUUCUGGAAACGGUGUUCCACAAUCAUCGUACACUGACGCUGUUGAUUUGACAGGCACUAAUUCCUCGUCUUAUCCUUUGUCAGAACUAAGUUUAGCCUCCAUUCAGGAAAGGUUGGCCCAAUUUAAAGCUAGCUAUGGGCUGUUUGAUCUGAAAGGGGCUAAAGUAAUGCCUAAAACUUGGAAGCUAAACGAAAGAGGAGAACUUGUUGACGAAGCUGGACGGGUCAUCACUGUUGACUCGCGAGUUCAGACUUUGAAGGCUAAUUUACGAGCUAAAGUUGAAACUGAGCCGAAGCCCGUAGAAGAAGUUGUUGAAGAGCCCAAGGACGAAUUUUAUGAUCCCCGAAUUGUAGAAAAGCCGACUUCUGCGCGAAUCAAACAAGGCCUCAAGUUCAUUGAACGGGGAGUGUACGAACGUGCUGGCGAGAAGAUGCGGCAUCAGCAACAAAUUGAACGGCUGCAAGAAGAGAUCGCGGCAACCGCUAAGAAAACGGGUAUCUCGGCAGCUACCAAGUUAGCGUUGUUGACACCAAAUAACUUUGCUGUGACGGUGGUGCCCGACGUCGAGUGGUGGGACGCCCCCCUUCUGAAGACAGGGACUUAUGACAACUUCGAGCCUACUAGCCUUGAUCUCCGGAAAAUCGAGGUUGUUACUGAUCUUGUGGAGCAUCCCGAACUAAUUGACCCCCCCAUUAUAGAAAAGAAGCUACCUGUCCCUAUUUACCUUACUAAAGAGGAAAGAAUUAAAAUUAGACGCCAACGGAGGCGAGAAGCAGAGCUUGAAAAGCGAGAAAAAAUUCGUAUGGGGCUUGUACUCCCUGACGAUCCGAAAUUGAAACUUUCCAACUUUAUGAGGUCGAAAACGGAUGAGGCUGUGCUUGCUCCAAGCUCCUUGGAGUCUUCCGUUCGUAAGCAGAUGGAAGUCCGGCUUCAAGCUGGCAUUUUGCAUAACGAGCUCAAUAAACUCACUAAAGAGCAGCGUAGUGAAAAGAAAACUAAAAGGUUGAUGGAAGACACAUCCCAGAAGGCCCACAUAGCAGUUUUUCGAUUGAAUCACAUGAAAAACUCUAAAAAUCGCUACAAAGUCGAUAUAAAUGCGCAGCAAUUCAAGCUAACCGGAAGGAUUAUAACUUCCCCUGACGUCUGUAUCGUGAUUGCAGAGGGUGGCCCGAAGAACAUAAAGAAGUACAAGAAACUUUUGCUUAACCGGAUCAAAUGGGCAGAAGAAGACUUGGCCGAGCCGGCGGGGCCCAGUGAGAGUGGAGGUUUUGUUAAGAACGAGUGCCGCCUUGUGUGGGAGGGAACCGUAAAGAGAAGAGCUUUCGGUAACUGGAAAGUCAAGUCGUUUUCUUCCAGCAGUCAAGCGCGCGAGCACUUAACAAGAUUUCACGUGGAACAUUAUUGGGACUUAGGCAUCACUGAGGCAAUAAUGGAAAUGGAAAACAUUGACGAGGCCGAGUAGUUUUUUAAUAUACACUGGAAAAGCUAAGUUUACUUUGCCACUAAACUGUUGACUUGGCUAGAGAAGGCUCUGAUCAGAUCCUUCAGUCAUGUAAUUUAGGAUCUCGUAAAUUGGAGCAAAGACUUAUUCA